CGCCGCUCCCCCCGCCGCUCCUCGCGACGCCUCCGCCUCCGGAGCCUCCCCGGGGCCUGACCGGAGCUUCCCCGGGGGAGAAGCGGGGCCUGCUCGGGGCCUUUCGCGGCCUUACCGGGGCCUCCCCGCGGCCUUACCGGGGCUCGGCAGCGCCGUCUGAGGUCUCCCCGGGGCUCGGCGGCGCCGUUCGCGGCAUUACCGGGGCUUGGCCGGAGCUUUUUGGGGUCGGACAGGCCCUUCCCGAGGCCUCCGGGCCUGACCGGGGCUGAGCCGGGGCUUUGACGGCCUUUAACGGGAGGAGCCCCGCGGUGCCCCCGGCUUUGCUUCUUUAUUUAUUUGGGGCCGAUUUGAGCCGAAAUCGCGGCCGAAUCGGAGCUUUUUUUGUUUUGUGUUUUUCUUAUUUCACAGCAACGCUUUCCCCGGUUUUUGUUUGGUUUUGUUGUUUUUUGUUUUUUUUUCCCCGGAUUUCGACUCCUGAGGAACAGAAAAUCCCGGGAUUUGAGGCGCAGGAGAAGCGGGAUGAAAUUCCAAGGAUUUCUUCACUCGAGCGAGGUUUUUUUGGUUUUUUUCUUGCGGUUUUUGCUUUGAGCGAGCCCAAAUCCGCGAGAAAUCCGGGAUCCAGGGAAUUCCUCCCUCGGGAAUGGUGUCCCUGGAACCGGGAAUGACUUAAGGGCAACGCCACGCUUGGCUUUUCCUCGGUAAAUUAUUCAUUAGGAAGUUUAGAGAAAAAAAAAAAAAAAAAAAAAAGGUUAUUUUUGGGGAAAAAUCCGGUGUUUUCCGGCAAGGACUGACAGCGAUCCCGGCCUCUGGAAUUGCGGCCGCCGCUGGAACUUUGGGAGCCUUCGAGGGGGAUUUUUGGGGAGUUUAUUUAAAAACAAAAACAAAAAAAAAACAAGGAGAAGGAAAAAAGGGGAUCGAAGAUUGCUGAGAAACGCUCGGGAUCCAGGCACGGCUGAGGUGCCCAUGGCGGGCCGCAAGCGCGGUGCCAGCGGCGGUGCCGGCAGUAGCGGCGGGGGCGCGGCGGCGCCGUGGCCGGAGGAGCCGGGCGAGCGCGAGCAGGGCCUGUACUCGCUGCACCGCAUGUUCGACAUCGUGGGCGCGCAGCUGACGCACCGCGACGUGCGCGUGCUCUCCUUCCUCUUCGUGGACGUGCUGGACGAGGCCGAGCGCGGCCGCAUCCGCUCCGGCCGCGACUUCCUGCUGGCCCUGGAGCGCCAGGGCCGCUGCGACGAGAGCAACCUGCGGCAGCUGCUGCAGCUGCUGCGCAUCAUCACCCGCCACGACCUGCUGCCCUACGUCAGCCUGAAACGGCGGCGCCCCGUGUGCCCAGACCUGGUGGACAAGUACCUGGAGGAGACGUCCAUCCGCUACGUCACCCCCCGCGCGCCCGGGGGCGCCCCGCCCGGCCUGGGCCACCCCCACAAAUCAGUGCCUGCCCCCCACCCGUCUCUGUGCUGCCCCCCGGGGGGGCCCCAGCUGGGCCCCAAGCGCCCGGGCCGGGCCCGGAGCCUCCUCGGGAACCAACGGAAACGCAGGAAGUCAGCGACCCCCGACCCCAAGGAGAAACAGACCUGCGACAUCCGCCUGCGCGUCCGCGCCGAGUACUGCCAGCACGACUCCGCCCUGCACGGCAACGUCUUCUCCAACAAGCAGGACCCUCUGGAGCGCCAAUUCGAGCGUUUCAACCAGGCCAACACCAUCCUGAAAUCGCGGGAUUUGGGCUCCAUCAUCUGCGACAUCAAAUUCUCGGAGCUCACCUACCUCGACGCCUUCUGGCGGGAUUACAUCAACGGCUCGCUGCUGGAGGCGCUCAAGGGCGUCUUCAUCACGGACUCGCUCAAACAGGCCGUGGGCCACGAGGCCAUCAAGCUGCUGGUCAAUGUGGAUGAGGAGGAUUACGAGCUGGGCCGCCAGAAACUCCUCAGGAACUUGAUGCUCCACACGGCUCCAUGAGGGAUCGCGGUUUUUUUGGGGUUUUUUUGGGUUUUUUUUGUCCUCCUCGCGAUUUUUCCGACCCCUCGUUGGUGGAUUGGAGGUGUGGGGGUGUUUGGGGUUUUGGGGUUCUCCUCGUGGUUUUCCUGCCUGGUUUUUUUUUUUUCUUUUGUA